AUGACAAAUGAUCUGAGCAAUUUAGAUCAGCGGUUGAAACUGUUGAAUAAGCAGGCAAUUGAUAACUUGAUUGACAUAUUGCAUGGAGUUUACACAACUAAAAAUUUAUUGAUUUUAGACCAACGCUUAUCAACACUAAUAAAUUAUUUAACCCCAUUCCUGAAAUUAAAGGAAAUAGCGAAAAUAGAUAAAACAGCAUGGAUUGGAGACAAUAUAGAACAGGACGUUCUCCAUUCGUUCGAUGGGUUUAUAUUUAUUCUCAAUGAAACCAAUGAUAACCUUCAAGCGUUAUCAAAGGCUGUCAAGCAAAUUGGUAAGAAAAAAAUACAUAUUAUUGUCAAGCAAUUAACCAAGUCUUUUAUUUACGAAAUCAAUAAAACCCUUAAUGGGAAUAUUACGUUUGAAAAGAUCUGUGAUCUUAAAACUGGUAAAGAGAUCAUUAAGUUUACAUCGAUGAUUAGAUUGUAUAAUUGGGAGAUGAAUCCAAUACUUAUAGACGAAGAAGCACGGGUGUUGUCUAUUGAAUCUCCAUAUGGAGGUCUCGAUUCUUACUUUAACCAGCCAUUAUUACAAUUAUACGGAUUGUCUAGUUCAUUUAUAUCUCUAUUGGAAAAUUCAUUUAAGGCUUCGAAUAUGUCAUGCAUGAAAUUAAAGAACAUAUAUGGUAAGGGCGACCAUGCGAACUUAUUGAUUAACAUAAUUAACAAUGAAAGAAUCCCCGAAUACUUAAGCCUGAAGCUUUCUUCAUUAGAACAGGAAUUUUAUUUGACUAAAGCUAAAGGAAACACAGAUUUAGUAGUUGUCGAGAGGAAUUUAGAUUUUGUUUCAGUCAUACUAAACCAGUUAAACUAUCAAGGACUAAUUGACGACUUAUUUGGAAUUGAUAUUGACAAUGUAAACGUUGGAGAGACAAAAUAUAAACUAAAUGAUGAAUUGUAUGAUGAAUUAAAGCACUUGAAUUUUGCUUCAAUCGGUAUUAAAUUAAAUGAAUUAGCGAAAUUUAUUCAGAAUGAGUUCAGUGCCAAAGAUAAUCUCCAGAGCUUGAAUGAAAUGAAAAAGUUGGUAAGCAAUUUGGGAAAUCUCACCUCCAAGCAAGAUUUGAUUAAGAAGCAUACUUUCUUAUCGGAAUGUAUAUUAAAUUAUAUUAAAAAUGGUGACAUUGAAAAUAAACCAACCAAGUCUAAUAGAAAAUUUAACGAAUAUGAAAAGUUCUUAAAUUUCGAAAAUGAAUUAUUUGACAUUGAUUAUAAGACACAGAUAAGUUAUUUACGAGGCUUUCUUGCCGAGAAUUUCAACUACAAAAUUGUGGUGUCAACCAUAGUACUAAUAUCAAUUGUCAACGACGGUAUUAAAGAAAAGGAUUUUGAUAUACUUUAUACAGAAAUAUUGGACAAUUUUGGUAUGGAAAUUAUCUUUGUCAUUGAUAAUUUAGUUGAUAACAAAAUUGUGAAAAUUAAUGAUAAUAAUGACUUGCUUAGUAGUGCUCUAACUUAUUUAACUAACCAAGAUAAAGACGACGAAAAAGACGAAAAUAAAGAAAAUGCUAAACUCGGUAUUUCAGGUGGCAUUAAUACCUACAAAAGUAAUUACACAUUGAUCAACAAAUUUUGGAAUUUACAUCCUACAGUAGAAGAAUCAACGGGAACAAAAUCAGGACUGUUGAUAGAUGAAUAUCCUAACCCGUCGUUUACUUUACCAUCUAGUACUGUACCUUUGAUUUCGAGAAUCAUUGAAUCGCUAUAUUUACGGGACUUCCUUGAAUAUAAACCAGUGAAUAAUACUAGCAAGAGACCAAAUUGGGAAAAACUCGGUCUAGAUACAAUGUUCCAUGGAAAGACAACAGACAUCAAUAUUGAUGAUACCCUGGAUGAUAGAAAUAAUGAUUCGAACGCUGAUCAAGGUGAAGAAUUUGUUGUCGUCAUAUGCAUUGGAGGUAUUACUAGAGGAGAAAUCAGCUGCUUAAGAUAUUUAGAGCAACGCUUACAGAAGAUUGGCAUCGCCAAACGUUUCAUUAUCCUCACUAGUGGUAUAGUAAACAGCGACAAGUUGCUUGAUGUCUUCAAGAGUUAG